GCGGGAGGAGGCGACGAUUUCGAACUAGUUGACGAGCACUUCUUCACAGUCGCUUUUGUCCGGCCUCUUCUUCCGUUAGCCGGGCUGAGGGGAGAAAGGCAGUUCGGGACAGACUUGCUUUUCGGGGUUCUCGAGGGAAGAAGGUUGCGCGCGUUGCAUCGUUUGCCUUCUUGCCGUCGUUUUCGGCCCCUCAUCCGGGUCUCCGUCUCCAUUCGUCCCUAAACCUCCUUCCCGCCAUCCCCUCACUCCCUUCUCCGAUAUGGAUCUCGACGAAUCCCUUUCCCCGCUCAAGGCGGUGGAUGUAAACCCGAAAGUGGAUAAGAUCAAGAAUGAUGCCAAAAAGAGGCUGUCUGUUGAACGAAUCUACCAGAAGAAAACCCAACUGGAGCAUAUACUGCUCCGACCUGAUACUUAUAUUGGCUCUGUAGAACAAGUCACUCAGCAAAUGUGGGUGUUUGAUGAAGAAGUAGGACUGAACUGCAGGGAUGUCACCUUUGUACCUGGCUUGUAUAAAAUCUUUGAUGAAAUCCUAGUCAAUGCUGCUGAUAACAAGCAAAGGGAUAAGAAAAUGUCUUGCAUCAAAAUUACAAUUGACCCGGAGAAUAACACCAUCUCUGUGUGGAACAAUGGAAAAGGGAUUCCUGUUGUCGAGCAUAAAGUAGAGAAAGUCUAUGUGCCAGCUCUUAUUUUUGGGCAGCUUUUGACUUCCAGCAACUACGAUGAUGAUGAGAAAAAAGUCACAGGUGGUCGAAAUGGUUAUGGAGCAAAGCUGUGCAACAUCUUCAGUACCAAAUUUACAGUGGAAACUGCAUGCAAAGAAUAUAAGAAGCGCUUUCAGCAGACUUGGACUAAUAAUAUGGGUAAAGCUGGGGAGAUGAAACUGAAGUAUUUUGAUGGUGAGGACUUCACAUGCAUCACUUUCCAACCUGAUCUGUCAAAAUUUAAAAUGACUACUUUGGACAAAGACAUUGUGGCUCUAAUGUCUCGCAGAGCUUAUGAUGUUGCAGGAGCUUCCAAAGAUGUCACAGUCUUUUUGAAUGGGAAAAAGCUACCUGUCAAAGGAUUCCGCAGCUAUGUGGAUCUAUAUGUUAAGGACAAGGUGGAUGAAACUGGCAAUCUAUUGAAAAUUAUACAUGAAGAAGUUAACGGCAGAUGGGAAGUUUGCUUAACAAUGAGUGAAAAAGGCUUCCAGCAAGUUAGCUUUGUCAAUAGCAUUGCUACAACUAAGGGUGGCAGACAUGUAGACUAUGUUGCUGAUCAAAUUGUCAACAAAUUAAUUGAGGUGGUAAAGAAAAGGAACAAAGGUGGAGUUGCAGUGAAGCCUUUCCAGGUGAAGAAUCACAUGUGGAUUUUCAUCAACUGCUUGAUUGAAAACCCAACUUUUGACUCCCAAACCAAAGAGAACAUGACUCUUCAAGCAAAGAGCUUUGGAUCAACAUGCAAGCUGAGUGAAAAGUUUGUCAAGGGGGCAAUCAGUUGUGGCAUUGUGGAAAGCAUUAUGAACUGGGUCAAAUUUAAAGCCCAGACUCAACUAAACAAGAAAUGUUCUGCAGUAAAGCACACUCGGAUUAAAGGAAUACCUAAACUGGAUGACGCCAAUGAUGCUGGGAGUAAGAACUCUAUCAACUGCACCCUCAUUCUGACAGAAGGUGAUUCAGCUAAAACGUUAGCUGUUUCUGGUCUUGGAGUUGUUGGCAGGGACAGAUUUGGAGUGUUUCCUUUGCGUGGAAAGCUGCUCAAUGUACGAGAGGCUUCCCACAAACAGAUAAUGGAGAAUGCUGAAAUCAACAACAUUAUUAAGAUUGUGGGCCUGCAAUACAAGAAGACCUAUGAUGAUGAAGAAUCACUCCGGACUCUACGUUACGGAAGGAUCAUGAUCAUGACAGAUCAGGAUCAAGAUGGUUCCCACAUCAAAGGCUUGUUGAUUAAUUUCAUACACCAUAAUUGGCCUUCUCUUUUGAGGCACCGUUUCCUGGAAGAGUUCAUUACUCCGAUUGUAAAGGUUUCAAAAAACAAAGAAGAGAUUUCUUUCUACAGCAUUCCUGAAUUUGAAGAAUGGAAAAGCGGCAAUGCUAACUACAAAAACUGGAAAACCAAGUACUACAAAGGUUUGGGUACCAGUACUGCAAAGGAGGCAAAAGAGUAUUUUGCAGAGAUGACAAGACACCGGAUACCUUUCAAGUACUCUGGCCCCGAAGACGAUGCUGCGAUUACUCUGGCCUUUAGCAAAAAAAAGAUUGACGACCGAAAGGAAUGGCUGACAAACUUCAUGGAAGAUCGAAGACAAAGGAAGUUACAUGGACUGCCCGAGGUGUACUUAUAUGGGAAAAGCACAACAUACCUGACAUACAAUGAUUUCAUCAACAAAGAACUUGUUCUCUUCUCAAACUCGGACAAUGAGCGAUCCAUUCCAUCAUUGGUUGAUGGACUGAAACCAGGUCAGAGGAAAGUUUUGUUCACAUGCUUCAAAAGAAAUGACAAGCGAGAGGUGAAAGUUGCUCAGUUGGCCGGAUCAGUGGCUGAGAUAUCCUCUUACCAUCAUGGAGAGACCUCACUGAUGAUGACUAUUAUCAAUUUGGCUCAAAACUUUGUGGGCAGCAAUAACCUUAACCUGCUUCAGCCCAUUGGUCAAUUUGGUACCAGAUUGCAUGGUGGGAAGGACUCUGCUAGCCCUCGAUACAUCUUCACUAUGCUGAGCCCUUUGGCACGUUUGGCUUUCCCAGCAUUGGAUGACAGUGUGCUGAAGUUUUUAUACGACGACAAUCAACGGGUAGAACCAGAAUGGUAUAUCCCCAUUAUUCCCAUGGUGCUAAUCAAUGGGGCUGAGGGUAUUGGAACGGGCUGGUCAUGCAAGAUUCCCAACUACGAUGUCAGAGAAGUGGUGAAUAACAUCCGACGCAUGCUGGAUGGAGAUGAACCACUGCCAAUGAUGCCUAAUUACAAGAAUUUCAAGGGGACAAUAGAUUCCGUAGGGCAAAACCAGUAUGUAGUUAAUGGGGAAGUGUCCAUCAUCGAUUCAACCACCAUUGAAAUUUCUGAGCUUCCUGUUCGCACAUGGACACAGGUAUACAAAGAACAGGUUCUGGAGCCCAUGCUGAAUGGCACAGAGAAGACCCCUCCACUCAUCACAGAUUACAAAGAAUACCACACAGACACCACUGUCAGAUUUGUAAUAAAAAUGAGUGAGCAAAAGCUGGCAGAAGCAGAGGCUGCUGGAUUACACAAAGUCUUCAAACUGCAGAGUUCUCUUGCUUGCACCAACAUGGUACUUUUUGACCACAUUGGCUGCCUGAAGAAAUAUGAAACUGCAGAGGACAUUCUACGGGAGUUUUUCGAACUCAGAUUGCGCUAUUACUCCUUGAGAAAAGACUGGCUUCUUGGGAUGCUGGGUGCAGAGUCUGCAAAACUGAACAACCAGGCUCGCUUCAUCCUAGAAAAAAUUGAAGGCAAAAUUGUGAUUGAGAACAAGCCCAAGAAAGAAUUGAUUAAGGUCCUUAUCCAGAGGGGCUAUGAUUCUGAUCCAGUAAAGAAAUGGAAGGAAUCUCAGCAGAAGGGCAGUGAUGAUGAACCAAACGAAGAGGGGGAAAGUGAGAAGGAAAAUGAACCUGAUGCAACCACUGGGCCAGAUUUCAACUACCUACUGAAUAUGCCACUCUGGUACCUAACGAAGGAAAAAAAGGAUGAGCUCUGCAAGCAGCGUGAUAACAAAGAAACUGAGCUGGAAAACCUGAAACGGAAGAAUCCUGAUGAUUUGUGGAGAGAAGAUCUUGCUGUGUUUGUUGAGGCUCUUGAUAACCAAGAAGAGAUGGAGAAACAGGAUGAAUUGUUUGGCACAAGCAAGGCCACCAAAGGGAAAGGCGGGAAGGUGAAGGUAAAGAAGCAGUUGCAGGAAGUCAUGCCCUCUCCAAUGGGCAGAAGGGUCAUUCCCCGAGUGACUGAAGACAUGAAAGCAGAUGCAGAGAAGAAAUUAAAAAGAAAAAUCAAGACUGAAAAAACGGAGCUUGAUGGGAAACAAAAAGGAGAUUCACCAGAAUGUGAUAAGGAGCCAAAGACUCUUAAACAGAGAUUGAUAAAGAAAUUGAAAACAGAUCCAGAUGCCAAGAAACAAUCUGUGCUGCCUUUCAAGCCAGUGAAAAAAGCAAGGACAAGAAACCCUUGGUCUGAUUCAGAAUCUGAUGGCGAUGAUUUUGAUGACGGCGGAGUUGUAGACGUUGCACCUCGUGCAAACAUGCCACGCCGCCAAGCUGCAGCCAAAGCAACCAUUUCAUUGGAUUCAGACUCAGACUCCUUCUUCAGUGACACGAGUGAGAAGCUCCAGGAUCAGGAGGAAAUGACGGAGGAUGCUGUACUUGGUGAAAAUGCAGAGGUUCCCGAACCCAAGUUGAAGGCUGUUUCUAAGAAAGCUAAGGAAUCAAAAGGAAAAGAAGAAUCUAAGCUGCCAGAAGCACAGAGUGCUGCCACAAUCAAUUUACUGGGGUCUUCUCUGGAUGAAAAAGCCAAACCAGCCACAAGUCUUAAUGUGUCAUCUAAACCUCCCCUUAAAAGGAAAGGUCCAGCCAAGAAAGCAUCAAAUGCAGCUGAAGACAAUCAGCUUUCUAUUAUGGAUGCCUUCUCUAAGAAAACGGUGACGGCAAAAACCAGCAAGACAGCUGUUAAGAGUUCAGGUUCUAGUACAGAUGGAGGAGCCUCCAAAAAUCCUGUGCCUGCCAAGAAGAAGAAACCUGUCAAAAGGAAGCCCUCCUCCGAUUCUGAGGAUUCAGAUUCUGACUUUGGCCAACUAGUUAAGAAGACAACAGUAACCAAGAAGUCCAAGAAGAUGGAUGAUUCCUUUUCAGAUAUCGACUCGCCAGUUGCACCCCGUGAAAAAGGGGGCCGGGCCAGAAAGCCUAUCCAGUAUCUUGAGGAGUCAGAUGAUGAGAUAUUCUGAACUGAUCAGAAAGCUUAUUUGCAUCUCAAUCUAUCUCAUUAAAAUGUGAUUUGUCUGUUUUAAAAGGCCAAAAAAUGCAUUUCGAAUGAAUUUGAUUGUUUUUGGGUCGCAUGAAGUUUUACCAUUGUUAUGUCAGUCUUUGUAAAUAUUUUUGGUGUUCCUUUUUAAACCUGUUCAAUUCCUGUUUCUUGCAGUUACUUAAUAAAUGUUUUUCUAUUGUAAGAA